UGUUAGUGGUUGUAGGGCCCAUGUUGUCCUCUAAAGCCCAGCCCACUAAGUAUCACCGUUUUACUUGGAGAUAUUUAUUAGUGUGACUGGAGUAUUGUCAAGCGCUAAAUCUUAACCAUCGGAUCAAUUAAUCUUACGGCUGAAAAUGAUCUUGGGUUCGUAUUUUACGUGACAGUCGGUAUCGCUAGUGUGUCUUUACCGGAAAGACGAAUAUACCCUUUUUAAGAAAGGUUCGUUGAAACCCUAGAUUCGUUCUCAGUUUUCGUGUUGGCUAAUGGCGAGCGCGGCACGGGGAGAGAGCAGCAAUCCAUACGGCGGCGGAUUGGGAACCGGAGGAAAGUUCCGGAAGCCGACGGCUCGUAGGUCUCAGAAAACUCCUUAUGAUCGACCAACGACUUCUGUGAGGAACGCUGGACUUGGUGGCGGAGAUGUCAGAGGCGGCGGCUGGUUGUCAAAAUUGGUGGAUCCGGCGCAGAGACUUAUUACUUAUAGUGCUCAGAGGCUCUUCGGGUCCUUAUCCCGGAAACGCCUCGGCUCUGGUGAGACGCCUUUACAAUCGCCGGAACAGCAGAAGCAGCUUCCAGAAAGAGGUGUGAAUCAGGAGACGAAGGUUGGACACAAGGAGGACGUCUCUAAUUUGUCCAUGAAGAAUGGUUUGAUUCGGAUGGAAGAUACCAAUGCCUCUGUCGAUCCACCUAAGGAUGGAUUUACAGAUCUUGAGAAAAUCUUACAGGGAAAAACUUUUACAAGGUCUGAAGUUGAUCGAUUAACUACCUUGUUGCGUUCAAAAGCUGCUGAUUCAUCCACUAUGAAUGAGGAGCAGAGAAAUGAAGUGGGUAUGGUUGUGAGACAUCCACCAUCACAUGAGAGGGAUAGGACGCAUCCAGAUAAUGGAAGUAUGAACACCCUUGUUUCAACACCUCCUGGAAGUUUGAGAACUCUCGAUGAGUGCAUUGCGUCGCCAGCACAGCUUGCAAAAGCCUACAUGGGUAGCAGACCUUCAGAAGUUACUCCUUCUAUGUUAGGGUUACGUGGUCAAGCGGGUAGGGAAGAUUCUGUUUUCCUGAACAGAACCCCUUUUCCGCAAAAGUCACCUACAAUGUCGCUGGUAACAAAGCCUUCUGGACAAAGACCUUUGGAAAAUGGUUUUGUUACCCCUAGAUCUCGGGGAAGAUCUGCUGUUUAUAGCAUGGCCAGAACACCAUACUCUAGGCCUCAGUCCAGUGUGAAGAUUGGGUCUCUUUUUCAAGCAUCUCCAAGCAAAUGGGAAGAAAGCUUACCUUCUGGUUCUAGACAAGGGUUUCAAUCGGGUCUUAAACGCAGGAGCUCAGUCUUAGAUAAUGAUAUAGGAUCUGUGGGCCCUGUAAGGAGGAUCCGGCAAAAAUCUAACCUUUCAUCUCGAAGCUUGGCUCUGCCUGUUUCUGAGAGCCCACUUUCUGUCCGUGCCAAUGGUGGAGAAAAAACUACGCAUACAUCUAAAGAUAGUGCAGAGGAUAUUCCUGGUUCAAGUUUUAACCUUGUUCCUACCAAGUCCAGUGAGAUGGCGUCAAAAAUAUUGCAGCAACUUGAUAAACUGGUUUCAACAAGGGAGAAAUCACCAAGUAAGUUAUCACCAUCCAUGCUACGGGGUCCCGCUCUCAAAAGCCUCCAGAAUGUAGAGGCGCCAAAGUUUUUGGGUAAUCUUCCCGAGAAGAAGGCAAAUUCGCCAGAUUCUAGUUAUCAAAAGCAGGAAAUAUCUAGAGAAAGUGUCUCCAGAGAGGUUUUAGCUCAGAGUGAGAAGACUGGUGAUGCUGUUGAUGGAACAAGCAAAACAGGUUCCAGUAAAGAUCAGGAUAUGCGUGGUAAAGGUGUUUAUAUGCCUCUCACGAAUUCUUUGGAAGAGCAUCCUCCAAAGAAGAGAUCAUUUCGAAUGAGUGCGCAUGAGGAUUUCUUGGAGUUGGAUGAUGAUCUUGGUGCAGCAUCUACUCCAUGUGAAGUAGCAGAAAAACAGAAUGCCUUCGAAGUAGAGAAAAGUCAUAUCAGCAUGCCUAUAGGGGAGAAACCACUUACUCCAUCUGAAGCCAUGCCAUCUACAUCAUAUAUUUCUAAUGGUGACGCCUCUCAGGGUACUUCUAAUGGGUCUCUGGAAACUGAAAGAAACAAGUUUGUUGCUUUCCCCAUUGAAGCUGUUCAGCAAAGUAAUAUGGCCUCUGAGCCAACUUCAAAGUUCAUCCAAGGGACUGAGAAAUCGAGUAUUUCUUCUGGCAAGCCAACCUCAGAAGAGAAACGUAUCCCUCUGGAAGAGCCUAAAAAACCUGCUGCUGUAUUUCCCAAUAUCUCCUUUUCACCGCCUGCCACGGGCUUAUUAAAUCAAAACAGUGGUGCAUCUGCAGACAUCAAGUUAGAAAAGACUAGCAGCACUGCGUUUGGAGUAUCAGAGGCUUGGGCAAAGCCAACUGAAUCAAAGAAAACGUUCAGCAACAGUGCUUCUGGAGCUGAGUCAUCUACCUCAGCUGCACCAACCCUCAAUGGUAGUAUAUUCUCAGCUGGAGCAAACGCUGUCACUCCACCUCCGAGUAAUGGCUCUCUUACUUCAAGCCCUUCCUUCCCACCUUCUAUUUCAAAUAUACCUUCUGAUAAUUCUGUGGGUGAUAUGCCGUCCACUGUUCAAUCUUUUGCUGCUACUCACAAUUCCUCUAGUAUAUUUGGAAAGUUGCCUACCAGUAACGACAGCAACUCACAAUCAACUUCAGCAUCUCCCCUCUCUUCCACAUCACCUUUCAAGUUUGGGCAACCUGCAGCUCCGUUUUCUGCGCCAGCAGUGUCUGAAUCUAGCGGUCAGAUCUCAAAGGAGACUGAAGUAAAAAACGCCACAUUUGGAAAUACAAGCACUUUCAAGUUUGGAGGUAUGGCUUCAGCAGACCAGAGCACUGGCAUCGUUUUUGGUGCUAAAUCUGCGGAAAAUAAAAGCAGACCUGGUUUUGUGUUUGGGAGCUCCUCCGUUGUUGGUGGCAGCACAUUAAACCCUUCUACUGCUGCAGCUUCAGCACCUGAGAGCUCUGGAAGUUUAAUAUUUGGUGUGACAUCGUCCUCAACCCCUGGGACAGAGACCAGCAAAAUUUCUGCGAGUUCUGCAGCUACUAAUACUGGAAAUAGUGUAUUUGGCACUUCCUCUUUUGCAUUUACAAGCUCUGGUAGUAGCAUGGUUGGUGGUGUAUCUGCAAGUACUGGAAGCAGUGUUUUUGGAUUCAAUGCUGUUUCAUCAGCUUCUGCUACUAGCUCUCAAUCUCAGGCCUCAAAUCUUUUUGGUGCUGGAAAUGCUCAGACGGGUAAUACUGGGAGCGGAACCACAACAUCAACUCAAAGCAUCCCCUUUCAGUUUGGUUCAUCUCCAUCAGCUCCUUCAUUUGGUUUGUCUGGGAACUCUUCUCUUGCAUCAAACAGUUCUCCAUUUGGAUUUUCUAAGUCGGAACCUGCUGUAUUUACUUCUGUGUCAACUCCUCAAUUGAGUUCGACAAACUCCUCUGCAAGCUCUAGUAGUACAAUGAGCUCUCCCCUAUUUGGGACAAGCUGGCAAGCUCCCAACUCUUCUCCAAACUCUGGUCCAGUCUUCAGUUCCUCGUUCACCACAUCUUCAACUCCUACCACCUUUUCCUUUGGAGGAUCUUCUGCUGCUACUGUUUCGAGCACUACUACUCCCAUUUUUGGUGCAUCUACCAACAACACCCCGUCACCUUCACCUAUCUUUGGUUUCGGGUCAACCCCUCCUACCACUCCCCAGCAGCCGGUAUUUGGUAACUCAGGGACUCCAUCACAGUCUCUGUUUGGUAACUCAACUCCUGGGUUUGCAUUUGGUGCACCUAAUAAUGGAAAUGGUAUCAACAAUAACCAACAAGUGAGCAUGGAAGACAGUAUGGCAGAAGACACAGACCAAGCUAAUAGAGCAUCUAUGGUAGCCCCAAUGUUUGGACAAGCAGCAGUCUCGAUGCCUCAACCAAACUUUGCCUUCGGUGGAGGAGCAGCAACGCAGCCUCCAUCAAUGGCAAACCCCUUCCAGUUUGGAGGCCAACCAAUGGCAAGCACGUUACAGAACGCAUCACCUUUCCAGGCAUCACAGAGUCUAGAGUUCCAAGGAGGUGGGAGCUUUUCACUAGGCAGCACUGGAGGUGGCGAUAAGUCAGGCCGCAGAAUCUUCAAAGCAAAGAAAUCCACCAGGAAGAAAUAAGAAAAACACAUUGUUCAAGAGUCAUUUUAUCAGCCUUAUGGUCUUUUUGUUCGCUAUAUACUCCGGGAACCUUGGGGAUUACGAGCAUAUCGUCGUUUAAUGAAAGAGGUAAAGUAUGAGAAUGUGUAUCGUUUAUGCUCUUGAUCGUCUCUGUCAUUUUAGUAUGAGUCAGGAUUUUGGGGGUCAAAUUGUUCAGGGUUAUAAAAGUUGUAGGAAAGUUUUGUAAUUUUCAGAAAGUACUGGUGUCUGUAAGAGUAAUAUAGCUCUGUGCCUCUGUCUUUCGCUUCUUUUUCUUUUUGUCCUUAUAAAAAAACACACUUUAUUGUAGCUGUUUGUUAAACUCUUUUCUCUCUUCAGUUCUGGUUUUAGUGGUUUAAAUUAAUAAUUGCCUCAUUACAACUUGGUUUACCCAAAUCAAAUCGAACCAAACCAAAAUUGAAUAAAUCCAAUUCGAU